AUAAAGGUGCCGGCGAAACAUAUGUUAAGCAGACAGUGUGACCAAUUUAAAAGCCGCAGUAAACAGUGUUCGGUCAAUGGAUUAUUCACAUUUCAUUUUACCCAGUAGUGGUAGUUAAAUAUGGUUUAAUUGUAUUUUAGAUAGAUUUAGUCAUAUAAGAGUUAUUGUAAUUAUUUGACUACAGGGUGACUAAGGUGCUUAUCUCAAUUCCUCGGGUGGCUAGCGCGAAACGGUCACACUGGCACGGAAUCAAUAAACUACUUUUGCAGCUGCGUUUCAGUUUUUUUUUUUGUUCAUCUGUUCAACUAUAGAUCGCAAUUUACAUCAUUACAAGAAAACGCACACAUUCGCAAAAAUGACCGAACGUCGGUUGGAAUUGGAGAGUGAACGAAUCAGGACGUUUGCCCAAUGGCCAACCAAUGCGCCAGUUCUGGUCGACGACUUGGUGAAGAAUGGGUUCUUUGCUACGGGCAACUGGCUGGAGGUGGAAUGCAACUUCUGUCACAUGCGCAUCGACCACUGGGAAUAUGGUGAUCAGGUAGCCGACAGACAUCGCGCCGCCUCGCCCAUUUGCUCAAUGGUGUUGGCCCCCAAUCACUGUGGCAAUGUGCCCUUAGAAUCCGGGGCAGCUGCUGGGGACCAGAGAAGCGACAACGAAGGCAACAGCGUCGUUGAUGGCGGCGCAGGGCAGCAAGGACAAUGCGCCUGUCCAGAUUUGCUCAUCGAAGCAAAUCGACUCGAAACAUUCAAGGAUUGGCCAAAUCCAAAUAUCACGCCACAAGCCUUGGCAAAAGCUGGCUUCUAUUAUCUAAAGCAAUCGGAUCACGUGAGGUGUGUGUGGUGCAAAGGCGUCAUUGCCAAGUGGGAGAAGAACGACAAUGCCUUUGACGAGCACAAACGCUUCUUUCCCAACUGUCCGCGUGUACAGAUGGGGCCGCUAAUCGAGUUCGGUGGCAAGGAUCUGGAGGAACUGGGCAUACAGCCUACAACGACGCCCCAGCGUCCACAAUUCUCGUGCAUCGAGGCGCGUCUACGUACCUUUGCCAACUGGCCCAUUGCGAAUAUACAGCCUGCUGAGGCGCUGGCCCAGGCGGGCUUAUAUUAUCAGAAGACCGAUGACUUGGUGCGAUGCUUUCAUUGUAACAUUGGCCUGCGCAGUUGGCAGAAGGAAGACGAGCCGUGGCACGAGCACGCCAAAUGGUCGCCAAAGUGUCAGUUCGUGCUGCUCGCCAAGGGGCCCCAAUAUGUGCGACAGGUGCGCGAUGCAACGACAGCAUCCCCUACAGCGGCCACAGCGCCAGAACUACCCACCAGCAUUGGCAGCGCCAUGUCGGCCGCUCCGGCCUGUGCGGCUCUGGCUUUGGGCAUCGAUGUGGGCGUAGUGCGGAGCACCAUUGCCAGAAAGCUUUCGAGUUCCGGCUGUGCCUACGACACGCUGGACGAUCUGUUGCAUGCCAUAUUUGAUGACGCUGGUGGCUCUGGCGCUGCGCUGGAGGUAACAGAGCCAACGGCUUCAACUCCAGUUAGCGCUGGCUGCGAAGCCACGACGAGCAAAGCGGCGCCUAUGGGGCCUGUCAAGCCGCAGGCUGUUGACCCAGCAGCCACCGCUGAUGUAGCUGUAGCAACUCCUGCUAGAGUAGUCACCACGUCCAAUCCGAAUGGAAAUUUGUCCCUGGAAGAGGAGAACCGACAGCUAAGGGAUGCGCGCCUGUGCAAAGUGUGUCUGGACGAAGAGGUUGGCGUGGUAUUCCUACCAUGUGGACAUUUGGCGACCUGCAAUCAAUGCGCGCCCAGCGUGGCGAAUUGUCCAAUGUGUCGAGCGGAAAUCAAAGGAUUUGUGCGCACCUUCCUCUCCUGAGUGUCACCUGCAUAUCCCUAAUGGAAAGACCUUAGCAUAAUUAAUGUCUACUAUGUACUUGUAUCGCCUAGGCAACUGAGCAACGGAGCAACUGAAGAAGGACGGUGGUGGGCGUGUCUGUCAGUUGUUUUUAUAGUUUGUCUAACUGAUAACGCACUUUAAAAUGUUACUAACUGUGUCGUGAGUCGAAUGUUUAAGUGUAUUAUCAGAUUGUUUGUUCUUAAAAUAUUGAAUCAACUGUUUACUGUUUUUAAAUAUCCUCUCAUGAAUUGCUGAUCGAUAUGUUGUAUAUAGAUUUAUGCCUUUUUACAUUUUAAAUUUGUGAAUUGGAUUGAAUAGGCAAAAUCUAUUUGUUGUGAGCUUGUAUAUCUACAUAUGUCUAUAUCAAAUCGUUAACUCCCAGUUAGCUAGAUUAAAUAUAUUUAUCAUGCACCCCUUUUAUGACUCCAUCUGUUAGAGUAUUUUUAGAAGGCGCAAAAGUGUUUAUAUCUUGUUAUUCGUGGCUUGAAGAGCCAAUUACCUUUUGCUAUCCAUAAAAACCAAAUGUAAUUAUUGAUAAAUAUAUAUAAAUGUUAAAAAGGUAUUUAUUAUUACGACUUUAUCAGUAUGUUUACGAUUGAUUUUUAGAUAUUUAAAAUAGGUUGGUUUCAUUAUAUAUAGGUCCUGUUUUUAAGUCGAUUAUCUUACACUAUUAUUUUUUAAAUAACUACUUUUAAUGAAAACGUGAAGCACAUUUUGGUUAUAAAUUCUAAUAGAUAUUAAAAAGUAGUCGAAAUAUUUUAA